UGACUUAAUGUAGUCAAAUGAGAAGUUUUUGACUCGUGUUAGGCUGAUCUUAUCCUUCGUUGAAAUGGCAAGUAAAAAUGAAUGUGUAAUCUGCUGCAAGGACAUCGAAAUCUUCGCUGUAGGAGAAUGUAAUCAUGCCGUUUGUUACAACUGUAUGACGAGAAUUCGUGGUUUGAUAAAUCAAAGUGAUUGUCCCAUCUGUAGGAAAUCCCUUGACACGGUAAUCAUGAGUCCACAGAAUAUCCCUUACAGUGAACUGGUGAAAGACUUAGGUAAAUAUGAAUACAACGAUUACUACAAGACGUAUUUUGUCAAUUCGGAAUGCCAGAAAAAGUUCGCAAAUCUCUUGGCGAAUAAAUGUAAUUUAUGUACAGACCGUGUCUUUACUACAUUCGAAGCUCUCAGGAUGCAUAUUCGCAAGCAACAUGAUUUAUUUUUCUGUGACUUAUGUGUUACUCAUAUUAAGCUUUUUCCUUGGGAAAGACAGCUAUAUACUAAGACAGAAAUUGCUACUCAUAGAAGAAUUGGUGACAAAAAUGUUUCGUCGCAUAAAGGACACCCGCUUUGUGAAUAUUGUGAUACGAGAUUUUUCGAUAAGGAUGCACUUUAUAAACAUCUAAGAACGGAACACUAUUUUUGCCAUAUUUGCCAAGACACCGAGGGCUCUAACGACUUUUAUGAAGAUAUCGUUUCGCUGCGCAAACACUUUAAAGCAAACCAUUUUGUAUGUGAAGAAGGAAAUUGUGUUAACGAAGAUUUUACUUCUGUUUUUAGGAGCGAAAUUGAUUUGAAAGGGCAUAAGGCAAUUCAUCACAGUCGUACUAUGAGUAAAAUGGAGUCCAAGUCCGUUAGGAACUUGGAUUUGAAUUUCGCUGCAAUGCCAAGGGGAAAAUCCAAGAACAAUCAGCAAUCAACGAAUAAUGAGCAAUAUGAUGAACCAAUACCAGAAAUUAAAAAACCAAUAAAUCCAAUGAAUGAACAAGAUUUUCCAAUGUUGAGCAGCAAUGGAGCUUCAUCAUCUUUUAGUGCGCCUCCUAAAGUGACAGUAGCAAAUAAAAUUGGGAAAGCAGGUCUCGCACGAACGGACGAAAACUUUCCGUCACUUGGACCGUCGUCUUCGGGCCCCUUAACAAUGUCUAAGACAACAAAACCCAUUGCUAAAACAAACAUUGCUCAUGCCUUAAAGCCCAAUCCUGCCUCCCGAUCACACACAGACACAAAAAAUGUACAAACAAACAAAAAAGAUAUAAAAAAAACCAACUUACAAAAUCAUAAUACGGACAAAAAGAAUCUUUUCGAAGACUUUCCAUCUCUUCCAGCGACGAAAAACUUACAAAAAGUUCUAAAACUACCGGCACAAAGUAAAGGUGUUGCUGCUACAAACUUGAUUGAAUAUUCAACACUUGCAAAGACAGAGCCAAAACUUCGACUAGUAAAUACAGAAGCUGUGUCAAAACCAAAAGAAAAACCCAAACCACUGAGUUUAAAUAUUAACUCGGACUUGAACUUUCCGUCAUUAGGCAAUGUCAAGCAGCUGGACAAUCCAAUGAGUAUUACUGGUGUAAGAGAACCAAAACUAACGACAUUAUUGACAAAUAAUAAACCAUCGAAGAACAAAAUGAAUGCAAAACAUUUGCGUAACAAAAACGAAGAAGUUACAAAUAAUUAUACAGUACUGUCAGGUACACUAAGUCAUACACCGCAAUAUAUUCGUCCUCCAAAUGAAGAUAACAGAAAUAAGGAGUUGAAACGCAAACUUAGUACUACAUUACGCGAUUUGGAUAGCUUUAACGAAUUUCAAUUGGCCUCAAAAAUGUACAUCAAUAACAAAUACACGGCAGACACAUACUUUGAACAUUGCCGAAUGGUUUUAGGAGAAAACUUUAACAGUCUUUUUCCGGAAUUGCUAGUUCUUCUACCGAAUGCUGAAAGACAAAAGGCUUUAUAUGAUGUGUUGUGCAUGUCAGAUAAUGUUAGUAGAAAAAUAUUUUCUCGCAUAAAAUGCUGCUCAACUUGUGGACAAGUGCUCUUGAGUGACCCAAAAUUAAAUGAGGUUGGAUAUCAUGAGCGUAUGCACGCGGCAUUCACUCCAAUUUAAAUUGUACCUCGACAAAAAACUUCUUUCUUUCUUUCGAAACAAACAACAAAUAAAUU